CCUCGCCUCCCCCCGCCGUUUGUGCCCGCUUGCAGGGAAGCGAGCUCGGAGCGGCUGGCCCCAGGAAAGCGCGGCCGGGCGUUAUUUGUGAGUGGGGGGGAGCGCUGGGCGAGGGGGGCCGAGCCGCUGUCAACCACGCUGGUGAAGCGGGGCAGAGAGGGGACACGCGCUCAGGGCCGGCGCCCAUCAAACUCCCGAGCUCCCUCUUUCUCGUCCCCAGCAGCAGCUCUCUCUAAACUUGCCCCUGUGUGUUGUGUGCAGCCAGCCUCUCUCCUCCUGCCUGCCUGUCCCUCACCAGUCUCUCCUCCUCCUCCUCCUCCGUGUGUGUGUGUGUGUGUGAGCCGAGCUGCAGCUACUAUCUGAUUGAGGCGCUGGGAUUCCUCACGUGAGAAGUUGAUUUGUAGUUUGAACACGUGGCUCAUUCAAAAAGCCGGAAUAUUCAAGUAAUUUUCUUCCACUCCCCCCCCCCACCCCCGUUUUUUUUUUUUUUUUUCCUAAUUGAGAGGCGGCGCCAGCAUGCACGUAGUGUGACAUUUUCAUAGUCCGCCCGCUGCUGCUGCCGCUGCCAAACGGGCUUGGGGGCAAGACAAAAAAAGUAGUUUCUCCCCUCCUUUCUCCGCCCGCCAUCCUGGUCCCCAAGCUGGGUGUUUCCCCCCCUUUCUCCCCUGCGCGGCCGGAUCACACGGCGAACACUCCGGAUUCCGAUUUGGAUACAGUUGGUUGUUUUUUUUUUUACCCCCUGAGAGAGGGUGGGAGGGACUCAGGCUGCAGAUCUGAUUUUUUUUUUUCACCUCGCUCUCGCUUUCUCUCUCCUCCAUCGCGUUUUAUUUUACGCCCCCCCCCCCCACCACCACCUUAUUUUGCAAGCCGAGGCUGUAACUUGUUGGGCGUGUGUGGAUUGUGGGUUUUUGUUUUUGUUUUUUUUUAAACGAACGAGACCAUGAAUAAGCUGUACAUCGGCAACCUCGGCGAGACCGUGAGCCCGCUGGACCUGGAAAGUCUCUUUAAGGAGUCCAAGAUCCCUUUCAGCGGCCAGUUUCUGGUGAAGACGGGAUACGCGUUCGUCGACUGCCCCGAUGAGAACUGGGCUAUGAAGGCCAUCGAAGCACUUUCAGGUAAAGUGGAACUGCAUGGUAAACUCAUAGAAGUUGAACAUUCAGUCCCUAAAAGACAAAGGAGUCGGAAACUUCAGAUCAGAAAUAUCCCGCCUCACUUGCAAUGGGAGGUGCUGGAUAGUUUGUUAGCUCAAUAUGGAACAGUGGAGAACUGUGAGCAAGUGAACACUGACACAGAGACUGCAGUAGUAAAUGUAACAUAUGCCAAUAAGGACCAGGCUAGACAAGCAAUAGAAAAACUAAACGGAUUCCAGCUUGAAAACUAUUCCUUGAAAGUUGCAUAUAUCCCAGAUGAAAUGGCAGCACAACCACCCACACAACAGCAUCCACAAGGGAGACGUGGAUUUGGACAGAGGGGUCCUCCGAGGCAAGGGUCACCUGGUGCGGCCACAAGGCAGAAACCGCAGUCAGAUGUUCCGCUGAGAAUGCUGGUUCCCACGCAGUUUGUAGGAGCCAUUAUCGGGAAAGAAGGAGCAACUAUCAGAAAUAUCACAAAGCAGACACAGUCCAAAAUUGAUAUUCAUCGUAAAGAAAAUGCAGGUGCUGCCGAGAAACCAAUUACUAUCCACUCUACUCCUGAAGGCUGCUCGACAGCUUGUAAAAUUAUUAUGGAGAUAAUGCAAAAGGAAGCUCAAGAUACCAAAUUUACAGAAGAAAUUCCCUUGAAGAUAUUAGCACAUAACAAUUUUGUUGGCCGUCUUAUUGGAAAAGAAGGAAGAAACCUAAAGAAAAUUGAACAGGACACAGAUACUAAAAUCACAAUAUCUCCACUGCAGGACUUGACACUCUAUAACCCUGAACGGACCAUUACAGUUAAAGGCAGUAUUGAAACUUGUGCCAAGGCCGAGGAAGAAAUAAUGAAGAAAAUCAGGGAGUCCUAUGAAAACGAUAUUGCUGCUAUGAAUCUUCAAGCACAUUUAAUUCCUGGAUUAAAUCUGAAUGCCUUGGGUCUGUUCCCACCUUCUUCUUCAGGAAUACCACCUCCCACAGUGGGUGUUGCCUCUGCUGCCACUGCUACUUCCUAUCCACCAUUUGGGCAACAGCCCGAGUCUGAAACUGUUCAUCUGUUUAUCCCAGCCUUGGCGGUUGGAGCCAUUAUUGGCAAGCAGGGACAGCACAUCAAACAACUUUCUCGUUUUGCAGGCGCAUCUAUUAAGAUAGCUCCUGCUGAAGGACCGGAUGCCAAGCUCAGAAUGGUUAUCAUCACCGGACCUCCGGAAGCUCAGUUCAAGGCUCAAGGGAGAAUCUAUGGAAAACUUAAAGAAGAAAAUUUCUUUGGACCUAAAGAAGAAGUGAAACUUGAGGCUCAUAUAAAAGUACCAUCCUAUGCUGCUGGUAGAGUUAUUGGUAAAGGAGGCAAAACGGUAAACGAGCUUCAGAAUUUGACAAGUGCAGAAGUUGUUGUCCCUCGUGACCAGACACCUGAUGAAAAUGAUCAGGUUGUUGUGAAAAUAACUGGCCAUUUCUAUGCAUGCCAGCUUGCCCAGAGAAAAAUUCAGGAAAUACUGGCUCAGGUAAGAAGGCAGCAGCAACAGCAAAAAACAGCGCAAAGUGGACAGCCUCAGCCAAGACGAAAAUAAAGGUUUAGGAAAUGGCCCAUCAGAGACAGAUGCCAGACCAAAGACAGACUGUGUAACAGACAGGUUUUGAACACCUGUUGGAGUUAUAUGCAGAAGCUUCAUCAAGCCAGUCACCUGUUUGAGGACCAGGCAACCAUUGAACGCUGUCUCUGAGAAUGUAUUCUUUAGGAUCUCUCAAACUUUUGAAACCCAGCUUUAAAAUAAGGACCCCUUCACUUCCCUUUUGUUCUAUUCUCACAAUUUAACAUAAACUUGUUAGUCUUUUUUAUUGUUCUUAUUAUUCCCCAGCAAUUUUAGAACUUGGUUUAAUGAAGCUUUCUCUUCUGAGUUCACUGGUUUAAAAAAAAAGAAAAGGCAUUGCUCUUAUAGGUCCAGUUGUAAAAGAAGAAACACAAUUGGAGGGUGGGAUUGGGGCUGGGGUAGGGUUAGUGCAAGGGUAUUGACAAGAGUUUAAGUGUUAGUCCCAAUGUUAAACAAGUGGCAUUUUUUUAAAAAUUUGGUUGCAUUUUUACAUAACACUGCCAUGAAUAACCUAAGGGAAGUGUUGAAUGGUGUUGGCCAGGGCAUGAAAAGAUAAAUAUGCAUUUUACUAAACUACCUCAGGCAUUUAGUACCUCAAUGAGAAAUUGUUCCUUUUUGCGCUUUUUUUUGUAUACUUUAUAAAGCUAAUAGUUCUUGAGCAUUUUAUUUUUUUAAAAAAAAAAUUAAAAUUUGAUCAGCCACCAGCCAGGAGUACUACAGAAUUAGUGGGGGUGGGGGUGGGUAUAUAGUAGGAUACUUCUAGCUGCUGGCUGAUGGGAGUAAGAUGGAAGAAAAAAAAAAAGUAUAACCUCAGAUUUUCUGAGCAUUUCAACACCAUCAUUUGUUUAAAAAAAAAUUCAGUGAAUGUUCAAAAGAUAGCGAAUGAUGCCAACAUUCUGAUAGCAGCAAUGCCGUUUAUUUUUCUUUUAAGAUGGGAUGAAAAAGUUUGACGGUACUUUUUUGGGAACAGAACAAGGAAGUGAUGGCAAGAGGCUGGGGUUGAGGGAAAAAUUAGGAGACUGAAUUUUUUUAUUAUUUUUGUGCUACUUUGAUUGAAUGCAUGAACCCUUUGUGCCUUUGACCAUCACUACCUAAUAAUGCUACAUGUAAACAUUUGCAGCCCAUUUGGACUUUGCCAUUCUGUUCAAAGAGCAAGCUUCAUCUUCAGUUUGAUAGAACACUUGAUCUGCUGGAGUAGUUUCAAGGCUGUAUGGUCUCUGCUUCCUGCAGGUCGCAUCAUCCUGCUUUCAGUUACCACGAUGGGGGAAGGUCAAACACUGUUUGAUCGUGCUUAAAGAUAAGGAAAGGCUAAGUUUACAUAUCCAGCCGCUGUUAUGGGCCACACUAAGCCACUUUGGAAGGUUUUAAACUAUAUAAAACAACCUCUAGUCUGGCUUAUAUAGAUGCAGCAGGAUUUAUGCACAUUCUGCAACCAACCAUUAAAAGAAGAGACAAAAUUGUCAAAAGGCAGGGAUAACAGGAAAGCUACCAAAUUUUUUAAUUUCAGAAUGUAAUUUGAAUAAUGAUUGUGGUAAUGUAACACAUUCAAGUUUCUACAAUAAACUUCAGUCUACCUCAGUUUUAAAGAUGUGGCAACACAUGGUGCAUAAAGACUGCUGUGUGUGUGGGCGUGUGUGCGCCUGUAUGUGUGUGGUCUACAGAGCCAUGCUAUUACCUCCGAACCUUUUUUUGUGUGAUGUUUUUGUGCAUGAGAUGAUCAGAAUCACCAUGCUGCACUGAUUUGAGGGGCACAACUAGCAAAAACGUUUCAUCAUUUUGUUGAUCUACCUCUUAGAUUCAUAUUGAAAUAGAGGCAUUUCACAUAGAAUAGAUAAUUUUCCCAAAGAUCAUUAUUGUACAGAUUAGAUAAUUUUGAAAAUGGUCUGAAGUGUUUUUCCUGCAUCUCUUCUUUACUAAUUGGUUUAAAAACCAUAAACUUAUGUUGUAGUUUUAGCAGAGAAAAAUGAGGGUUUUUUUUUCCUUUUUUGACAGUGACCAUCUAGCCUUUAGGAGAAUUUUUUCUUGCAAUGAAUUUAAAAUUACUGAAGUAUAAAAAGUCAUAGCAUUUUAAUUUUUGUUGAGGCUUAAGUCUAAGUCCAAUUUUCCUUUCUUAACAUUUGAGAAGGAUUUGACUUUAUUAUUUUCCAUAAAAGUUAUUUUACGAAUAGGCAAUGCAUUUACAUUUGCUGAUUUAAAUACUGUCAUCUCUCUUAAAUUUCUAUACUUAGUGUGGUAAAUCAUGUUCUUAUUUUCAAUUGAGAUUUGCUAAUUUGGAGUAUUUGGGAAUAGCUAGAAAGUAAAUACUGUAAAUUAUUUCAAUAUCCGCAAAGUAUGGAUCAUUUUUUCAUCUGUAAUGUGCCCCCCAACGCAGCUCCACUUGCCAGAUGCCUCUGAAUGGAAUAAAGAGUUUAACUCCUAUCAUCAGA